GUUCAGCGAAAAGAUUCGAUCGUAUAUUCGUGACAACAUAUAUACACGUAAGAAAUCAUGUCAGCGACGGAACCAGAAAUAAUGACUGGGUCAGUUGCCGCCGCAGCGUCUAAUGGUCUAUCAUCUGCCAUUUUCCUGUCUCUCUUGGUACCGGCUUUGAUUCUAUACUACAUCUACUUCAGGAUUUCACGCCGCCAUAUGAUCGAGCUGGCGGAAAAAAUCCCGGGUCCGGAUGGCCUACCGUUAAUUGGAAAUAUACUAUUGCUCCUAGGAAAUUCGGAUACCGUAUUCCGUACUUUUUAUAGGAAGUCCUUUGAGUACGAUCAGAUAAUUAAAAUUUGGCUCGGGCCAAAGCUGCUAAUUUUUCUAAUGGACCCGCGUGACGUUGAAAUCAUCUUGUCCAGCCAUGUCUACAUCGACAAAUCCACUGAGUACCGAUUUUUCCAGCCCUGGCUCGGAAAUGGUCUCCUCAUCUCUACUGGUUCGAAAUGGCGCGCCCAUCGUAAAUUAAUCGCGCCGACGUUUCACUUAAACGUACUCAAGAGUUUCAUCGAUCUCUUUAACGCCAAUUCGCGUGCGGUGGUGGAAAAAAUGCGUCAAGAAGGCGACAAGGAAUUCGACUGCCACGACUACAUGUCCGAAUGCACCGUCGAGAUCCUGCUCGAGACCGCCAUGGGUGUCUCCAAGUCCACGCAAGACCGAAGCGGUUUUGAGUACGCCAUGGCUGUUAUGAAGAUGUGCGACAUUCUCCAUUUACGUCACACGAAAGUCUGGCUCAGACCGGACUGGCUGUUCAAUCUCACGAAAUAUGGAAAAGAUCAGAUCCGUUUGUUAGAGAUCAUCCACGGGCUCACAAAGAAAGUUAUCGCGCGCAAGAAGCAAGAAUUCAACAGCGGCAAACGCAACGUUAUCGAAGAGUCUACGCAAAAUGGCAACGGCAUCAAAAGCACCUCUGUGGAAGGACUUUCUUUCGGACAGUCGGCUGGUUUAAAAGACGAUCUCGAUGUAGAAGAUAAUGACGUUGGCGAGAAAAAGAGGCAAGCUUUCCUCGAUUUGUUGAUGGAAGCCGGUCAGAACGGUUCUAUCCUGACAGACGAAGAGGUCAAAGAACAGGUCGACACUAUUAUGUUCGAGGGACACGACACGACCGCAGCUGCAUCCAGUUUCUUCUUGUCAAUAAUGGGCUGUCACCCGGACAUUCAGGAAAAAGUUAUCCAAGAACUCGACGACAUCUUUGGCGACAGCGACAGGCCUGUGACCUUUCAGGACACCCUGGAGAUGAAAUACCUCGAACGAUGCCUCAUGGAGACUCUUCGCAUGUAUCCUCCCGUGCCCAUCAUCGCGCGUACGAUCAAAACCGACUUGAAACUCGCAUCGGGAGACUAUACGAUCCCAGCUGGGAGCACAGUGGUAGUGACGACCUUCAAAAUGCACCGACAGCCACACAUCUAUCCAAAUCCGGAAGUUUUCAACCCCGACAACUUCCUGCCGGAAAAGACUGCCAAUCGGCAUUAUUACGCCUUCGUGCCGUUCUCGGCUGGACCGCGUUCCUGCGUGGGCCGUAAAUACGCCAUGCUGAAGCUGAAGAUCAUCCUGUCUACGAUCAUGAGGAACUACCGCAUCAAGUCAGACAUCAAAGAGUCCGAUUUCAGACUUCAGGCCGACAUCAUCCUCAAGCGCGCGGAGGGCUUCAAGAUCAGAGUGGUGCCGAGAAAACGGGCAGCCGCCACCGCUUAAAGCGGCAUCUCUUCGUAG